ACCAGAACGAAAUUAUUCAGAAUCAAGUGACAAUCUAUCUGUGAGAGAGAGAGAGAGCUGGUUUGGGAACUCACGAGUCACGACGGCCUCCCAGGCCACACAGCGAAAUCAUUUCUCGUCUCGCAGAACGCGCACCCAGACGACGAGGUUCCUCCUUCACGCACCGUUCUGCCUUCUCUCUCUCUCUCUCUCUCUCUCUCUCUCUCUCUCUCUGCGAAAUCCAUAGCCACAUUCUCUCUCCUCGAGAGGAGAAACCGCCGUCUCAGAGAGAGAGAGGGAGGGGGCAUGGCGGAGGAAGAAGCUCCGGAGGUCGAGCUCAGCGGCAAGCAGAAGAAGGAGAUCGCCAAGUGGUUCCUCCUCAAUUCCCCCUGCGGCGAAAUCCAAUACGUCGCCAAAGAUGUGAGAUCGGUGCUGAACGACGAUGGAGCGUACGACGAGGCAGCGUCGGAGGCGUUUCCUACUUAUAACAAGGCUCAGAUGAUUUGCCUCGACUUGCCCCGGAGAAUGGGAGAAGUUCUGAUUACAUCAUUUGGUGAGCUUGAGGAGAAUCGGUUUCUUGAUCCACGUACUGCGCAAGUUGGGAUCGUCGACCAUGUCAAGCAAGUUUGUACAGAUGUGAGACCUGCAACUGAUGAAGAGCUUCCAUCUCCAUAUAUUGAGGAAUUUAGAUGUGCUCUGGAUGCAGAAGUGCUAAAAUAUGUUGGGGAGGCUUAUCCAAAAGGUGUCUGUUCAGUUUACUGCACAAAGGGUAAAGAUUUGGAGGGACCAGGAUCUGAUUUUGAGCUUGCAGUAGUUAUUCAAGCUGCUAGAAAUAGCCCACAAAAUUUCUGCACUGGAAGUUGGCGCUCAGUCUGGAACAUCGAGUUUAAUGAUGAUAUGCAAGUUCUUGAAAUAAGAGGCCAAAUGCAGGUUGGUGCUCAUUAUUUUGAAGAGGGAAAUGUGCAGUUAGAUGCAAAGCAUGAAUGCAAAGAUUCAACUAUACUUCAGUCCCCUGAAGAUAGUGCUAUUUCAAUAGCUAGUAUAAUUCGUCAUCAUGAGACAGAGUAUCUUGGGUCUCUUGAGGCAUCAUAUACCAAUUUGCCGGACAACACCUUUAAGGAUCUACGGAGAAAGCUUCCAGUUACUCGCACCCUUUUCCCCUGGCAUAAUACCCUGCAGUUCAGUCUUACGAGAGAUAUCUCCAAAGAACUUGGAAUUGAAAAGUGAAAUUACAAUAAGAUGAGCCAAGAUCCAUUUGUUUGAGGUUCAAGGUAGAGGAUACUUGUUCAUCUGCUGGAUUGAAGGCAUUGAGUAUGUACGAUUACAUAUGGAACUUUUUGCCAUGCCUUGCCUCUUCCAUUUCCUCUGCACUCUUCUUUUUGGUUUUUGAAUCUCGUGUUAUCUUUUGGUGCCCCCAUCUUUCUGUGUCCUUGUCAAUCGCUGCUGUGCAGAUUACACCUCUACUAGGAGUCUAGGAGUCCUCAGUUUUGGCAAUUUGUUUUUUUUGUGUGACCAUUUCUUUGAGCUCUGUAUAGUGAGUUACGAGAGUUCUGGUCCUCAUAUGAGGUCAGUCGAGAAUAGUCAGAAGAAUGCUGUGACAAGUGAAUUUAGUUCCCCACAAAAGUUGUGAAGCCAAAUUUAUUGGAUUGAAUUAACCUGAGUGAAGAUCAAUAUAUGUGCGUUCGUAUAUUGUGGCUUUGAGCUGCAUUACCAUCA